UUCAGCUCUAUUUUCAUACAUUCUGUCAAACUGUUUUGUUAACGACUGUUUGUUUAAAUUGAAAUAAUUAAAGUUUCGGUUUGUCUUUUAAUGGCGCGAAGAGAAUUCACAGCGAAGCUAAUGCUAAAGCUAACUACAGGCUCUUCCGGUGUAGUUUACUGUAGGAUGGACGUGGAUCUUUUUCUCGCUCUAGAUGUUUCAAGCAUGUGGAGGUGAAGAAGAACCGUAAACGCCAUGAUGUCACACAUCAGAAGGACGUUGUCUCUUCUCAGAGGCUGUUCGGGUGUUUGCAGGUGUCAGACUCGUACCUGCAGCAGUCUGUUGACGGCCUCUGGCGGUGACGCGUCAGGGUUCGUCCUGCUCUCCCGGUCCACAGACGUUUAUCAGAACCUGGCUUUGGAGGACUGGAUCGACGCCAAGGUGGACCUGCAGCAGCGUAGCAUCCUGCUGCUGUGGAGGAACCGGCCAGCCGUGGUCAUCGGACGCCACCAGAACCCCUGGACUGAGUGCAACCUGCCAGCCAUGAGGCGGGCGGGGAUCCCUCUGGCCCGCAGGCGGAGCGGCGGCGGGACGGUCUUCCAUGACCUCGGGAACCUCAACCUGACCUUCUUCACCUCCAAGAAGGCGUACGACCGGCAGAGGAACCUGAAGGUCGUCACAGAGGCGCUGAGGAAGCUGCGACCUGAGCUGGACGUCCAGGCCACCGACAGAUUCGACAUUUUAUUGAAAGGACACUACAAGAUCUCAGGCAGCGCGUCCAGACUCAGCAGGAAGUCGUCGUACCAUCACUGCACUCUGCUGCACUCCGCCGACCGCUCCGCCCUCGCCGCCGUGCUCCGCCCCUCCUGCCCCGGUAUCCACAGCAACGCCACGCCCAGCGUCCCCUCACCUGUCGCCAACCUGGUGGACCACGCCCCCUCGCUGCAGUGGGAGGAGCUGCUGGACGCACUGGCGGACCAGUACAACGCAGAGUUCGGCUUCUGCUCCGCGGCGACCUUCGUUAACCCCGCUGACGAGUCUGCGUUUCCUGGUCUGAGCAGAGCGGCGACAGAGCUGCGCGGUUGGGAGUGGACGUUCGGGAAGACGCCUAAAUUCAGCGUCCAGACGCUCCUGGACCUGACAGACGUCGCAUCAUCAGCUCGCAGCUCCGCCCGGCUGCAUAUGGAGGUGAAGAACGGCGUGAUCGAGAGCUGCGAGCUGGACGUUCCUGCAGACUGGCUGCCGCAGCGGCUGAGCGGCGAGCUGAGCGGCGUGCUGGUCGGAGAGCGGUUCUGUCCCCACCGGACGGCCGCAGGUGUUUCUGCGCUGCUGCGGUCUGAGAGCGGCGAGCUGCACCACAGACUGCACAACCUGUGUGACGCUGUGGUGUCUGUCAUGGGCUGAAUAAACCUCAAACUACA